UAACAGCAAGCUAACCAGCGAAAGCACGUCGCAGCCGAUAACGCCAGCAAAGUUGUUUCCUUCGGGCUUUUUUUUAAAAACAACAACAAACAACUUUAUUAUAGUUACAAAGUGAUUUCGCUCGAUUUGUUUAAUUAUGGAGAUCUCUCAAAAGUUCCGCUCUUUCUACAACUUGUUUUGGUCCGUUUUCGUGGCAUAACUGGGAAGCUAACGCUGUCUGGUGAUAUCAGUUAGCUUAGCAUUGGUCUCCCCAACAACACACACAAAAAAAAAGCCCAGCCUCCUCUGAGCCUUGUUGGACGGCAGAAGUUUGAGAGUUUACUCGCUGCAGCACCCACAACAUGUCUAUCCUAGGAUUAAAGAAGAAACAGCCAAAGACUUUCAAAGUCAAAGUCAUCACCAUGGAUGCUGAAAUGGAGUUCAGCUGUGAGGUGAAGUGGAAAGGUAAAGACCUGUUUGACCUGGUGUGUCGCACUGUUGGUUUGAGGGAGACCUGGUUCUUUGGACUCAGGUACACAGUAAAGGACACCUACGCCUGGCUGAAACCAGAGAAGAGGGUCUUGGACCAGGAGGUUCCCAAGGACUCUCCCAUAACAUUUCAUUUCCUGGCUAAGUUCUUCCCAGAAAAAGUAGAAGAAGAGUUGGUCCAAGAAAUAACUCAGCACCUCUUCUUCUUACAGGUGAAAAAACAGAUAUUAGAUGAAGAGAUAUUCUGUUCCCCUGAAGCGUCUGUUCUGUUGGCAUCAUAUGCUGUCCAAGCCAAGUAUGGGGACUAUGACCCAAACUUUCACAAGCCAGGCUUCCUCGCACAAGAUGAGCUUUUGCCAAAAAGAGUUUUGAUGCAAUAUCAAAUGACAGCUGACAUGUGGGAGGAGAAGAUCACAGCUUGGUAUGCAGAGCACAGAGGCAUCGCCAGGGACGAGGCUGAGAUGGAGUACCUAAAAAUUGCUCAGGACCUUGAGAUGUAUGGUGUCAGCUACUUUGCCAUUACCCAAAAUAAGAGGGAUACUGACCUGUUACUCGGAGUGGAUGCUCAGGGUCUUCACAUCUACAGCCCCAACAGCAAACUCAACCCUAACAAGUCCUUUCCUUGGAGCGGCAUUCGCAACAUAUCUUACAGUGAAAAGGAGUUCACAAUCAAACCCCUGGACAAAAAGAAAGAUGUUUUCAAAUUCUACUCCUCUCAACUGCGUGUCAACAAGCUGAUCCUGCAGUUGUGCAUCGGUAACCAUGAUCUAUUCAUGAGGAGGAGGAAGGUGGACUCCAUUGAAGUGCAGCAGAUGAAGGCUCAAGCUAAAGAGGAGAAGGCCCGCAAGAAGAUGGAGCGUCAAAUUCUGGCACGAGAAAAACAGAUGAGGGAGGAGGCGGAACGAGCAAAAGAGGAGAUGGAGCGAAGACUUUUCCAGCUGCAGGACGAAGCACGAUUGGCCAACGAGGCACUGCUGCGAUCUGAGGAGACAGCGGACCUGCUGGCAGAGAAGGCCCAGAUUGCUGAGGAGGAGGCCAAGCUGUUGGCCCACAAGGCUGCAGACGCUGAGCAGGAGAGGCAGAGGUUAGAGGUCACCGCCAUGAAGACCAAGGAGGAGAAAAGGCUGAUGGAGCAGAAGAUGAGGGAGGCAGAGCAGCUGGCUGUCAAACUGGUGGAGCAGUCCGAGAGGAGGUUGAAGGAGGCAGAUCACCUGAAACAGGACCUGACCGAGGCGAAGGAUGCUGAGCGGAGAGCCAAACAGAAGCUGCUGGAGAUCACCAAAACAACAUACCCUCUCAUAGCGGCCUACUCUACUCCUCCUGCUCCCCCUGCCCCUCCUGAAGCAGCCGACUUCGGCUAUGAAUCGGCAUCUACGCGCCUCGACUUCAAGGACUCUGACAUGAAAAGGCUGUCAAUGGAGAUUGAGAGAGAGAGGCUGGAGUACAUGGAGAAGAGUAAACACCUGCAGGACCAGCUGAAAGAGCUGAAGACCGAGAUUGAGUCUCUGAAGCUGGAGGAGCAGCAGCAACAGGCUGGCCUCUACAACCUCCGCAGUGAGGCGAGAGGAUACGUCCAGGAGCCUGUCUAUAUACCUCACAGCAAUCGAAACUCUGCGUACAUGUCUCAGAUGGCCUACUUUGAAGAAGUGUGAUCCCAGUCCUGCCAGACAAGGAGGGAGGGCACCAGCUGUUGUGACUCUGUGUUUUCUCAAAUUGUGUGGUUAAUUUUUACCUGGCUGACACAAACAGUCAGACACAUACGUACACUAUAACUGUGGGCUUUGGAAAGACUUUUAAUCUGUCCUCAACAUCAAACAGCCACUAGUUUGUCUGCCAGCACAGGCUGUCAUGCUAGGCUGUACCACCUGCUACACUACAGCACCUUCCAUGUAUAACAAAAUAUAAAAACUUGAGUUUGUUAUAUAUAACAAACACAAUAAUGUGUGUAACACUGAUUCAGGAUAUGGUGCUGAAGAUGGAUGAAUGAAUGAGUUCUGAUUUGCUGAUGUUUUUUUGUGGCUUUAAGGGAUAUUUAGCUGUAAGAUGGUCAGAUUUAGAAUUAUGACUUAAUGACAGGUUACACAUAAAUGCCCUAAAAACAUUUUGGGACAGGGAUUAAGUUGAAAUGUGUCACAAACCGGUUUUAUGAAAAUAUAUAAAUAUCCUUAUGAAUGUGUAAAUAUAUUGGCAGCCUUUGGUCAUUUUCUUUCAAACGAGCAAAAUUUUGCUCAAACUUAUAUAUAGUAUAUUAAAGAAAAUCGAAAUUGGCACAUUUCUGAUUAUAAAUUUAACAAGGUAUUGUUGAAUGUAGCAUUCAACACUAAAAAUAAACUCAAGAUAACUCUUGAUCAAUAAUAUGUAAUGUGAAAAAGAACUUUGUGAUAAAAGUAAUUUAUAAAAGUACUAAUUGGAAGAAAAGUCUAAAUAUUCAGAGCAGACGGGUGCAGGGACAGUGUCUAAAUGUGACACAAAAUGCAGUGUUUGAUCUUUGUUCUGGUAUUUCAUUUGUAUUUGCUUGCUGUUUCUGUUACUAGGUUCAUUACUGACAACAGCACACAGGUGCCUUUUAUUGUUUUCUUGCAAUGUGAUAGUUAAUAGAAAUGUAGUAUACAGUUGCAAGCUUGAGCUCAUUUCAAGUUUUUAUAUUUUGUACUCUAGACUGUUGUCGUGCCUUGAACUUUAUUUUGUACUAUUAUGAUUUGAGUUACUAAGGUUUUAUUUGGUAUCAUUGUGCUCAAAUGUCUUAGCAUUAGGGGUUACUUUAAGUUUGGGGUUGAUUUCAUACCCUGACUCAUUUGCUGAGUAGCAGAUUGAUGGCUUUUCCAUUUCUUCUAUUCUUUCUUUUUGCCUCAUGUUUUUCUCAGGGUUAGUGUUGGAGACAAUCACUGCAGGUAGAAUCUUAUUGUUUUUUUCCCCCCUGAGAUAUACAUUGCGGUAUCCAUUCAUGUUUACCUUUUUGAACAUGUUAUUUUGAUUUAACUUGGAUAAGUCCAAUAGUUUGGCAGCAGUGGGUGAACAGUCCUCAGUACAUUCUCAAAAAGGGAGAGGCUGGAGGCCAGAUGUACAGCCAGAGGUUCUGUUUGUUUAUUUGGACUGAAUUCAUUAUGGACUGAACAGUGACAAAUAAUUGGUUCUUUUCUCAUCAACACAUUGCGUAAGUGCUUCAGUUUGCAACUUUAACCUUAUUUAUUUGUGUUCUUUAAAUAACAUCACCAUACAUCUUGAGCUCCACCAUUGUGGGGAUUGUAAUUUAAUGUGUGUUUCUAUAAUGGGAUUUUCCUGCCAAAUUCAUGUCCUGUGUUUAGGAAUAAUUUUACAUCUGAAACAAUGUUGUACUUUACGGGAUUAGAGUUACUUUCGAGUGACACAAAUUAAUAUUUACAACAAAGAUGUGUUAUUUGUAACCUCGUUAUUUUGUGAACAGUUUAAUUACAACAGUGAUCAUACGACAGUGUUUCUAUUUUGCCUGAUGUUUGUGCAGACAUUAGUCUCCUAGAUCAGUCAGUAAAAUGCAGACAGAGCGAACACCCCCAUCAAGGCCACACAAUCCUCUAAAUAUGUCAUUUUAUUUGUAGAACAAUCUUAAUAAUGUGUAAUCUGCAGUCAUUAAUAGUCUGAGUAAUUACAUUUAAAGAUGGAUGAAUUGUGGGAAAUGUGAGCCAGACUCUCUACCACUGAGGAUUCGUCAUUUACAUUGAUCAUGUGCUGUCGUGCAGUCUGCCGGUGUAUUGCCGCUAAAUCUUUUGGGAUGUGAUUUGAAAAGACCUGCUAUCGUUUAGGACUGAGUUGGGUUGGGUCAGAGUGUCACAGGUCUUUGCAAAUCAAGCACCAACCUUAAUUUGUAACUUAAAUUGUGUGACGUCUCUAUUUAUACUAUAUAGUGGAGAUCAAAUGUAGCCAGUAAUCUGGUAACAUCCUGCAUUAAAACCAUACACCA